ACUAAAGUCCUAGAAAGAUCAAAAUUCAGAUCUACUCUAAGAAAUAGAUGACGUUAUUUGAAAGUGUGCCCAAAAUCCUUAAUGAGUAACUUAGCGAGAGGAGAAGGCAAAUGCUGCCCCAGCUGUUUCCUGUUGAAAAUGUCUCUGUAAUGUAGAUAAAUGUGAGGGAUUUUCUCUUCAAAUCCGUCUCCUGUUUGCCAAAUCUCACUUCUCCACAACGAGACUGCGCAAUGGAACAAAGUCGGAAUAUUGAGAUUUGACAUUGCCCGCAUCUCAUUCUCUUUCUCGCUUUUUAAUGACUUCAAACAAGUUCGUUUUUGCAGGGCUUUUGCAGGAGACCCAUGGGGAUGUCUAGCGGUCAUUUCUUCCAGGGGCAUUGGUGUGAUGUCUUUAAGUGUACCAUGCGCUGUCUCUCGUGCACCCACGCCCUCUCGCUGGUGCUGUGCGUCAUCGCGUUGACUCCCGCGACACUGGAGGCGGGGCCGGAGACGCUGUGCGGGGCGGAGCUAGUUGACACGCUGCAGUUUGUGUGUGGAGACAGGGGCUUUUAUUUCAAAAAACUGACAGGAUAUGGGCCUAGUUCGAGACGGUCGCACAACCGUGGCAUCGUGGACGAAUGCUGCUUUCAGAGCUGCGAACUGCGACGGCUCGAGAUGUACUGCGCACCUGUGAAGCAAGGCAAAGCUCCACGAUCUCUACGAGCACAACGGCACACAGAUAUCCCAAGGACACCAAAGAAACCCGGACAUAGCCACUCCUCCUGUAAGGAGAUUCAUCAGAAGAAUUCAAGCCGAGGAAACACAGGGGGCAGAAACUAUCGCAUGUAAAGAACAGCGGAGGGAAUGGUUGAGAAGGACAAGUGAAAUUAAUGGACAUCAGAAAACGGGGGAAGAGAGAAAGGGUGUGGCCUUGCCUGGUCCUCCACGGACAUGCUCCACUGUAAAAAAAAAAAAAAGAGAGAGAGAGAGAGAGAGAGAGAGAGAGAGAGAGAGAGAGAGAGAGAGAGAGAGAGAGAGAGAAUUAAAUACUGGACAAAUAAGCCCCAUGUUAAGAAAAGAAAACUUGCAACUAGAGAGAAAAUAGGACGAUUUUAUACACUACACCAUUCCAAACUGGGGGGAAAAGAUCUGAUGGGAAAACAAACUAAAUUAGCUGCUAUAUAAAGUCACAUGAUAACUCUUAUUUUACCUCUGUGUGUGAAUUGUGGAACCCAGAGGAUACUGAUAGCUUCUAAUAGUGGCGAAAAGAGAGCCAGUGGCCAAAUAUUGACCCCUCUAGUCCAAUUCAAUGUGAUGAGGUCCUUAUUUAUUGUCAGGAUGUCAGGACAGCCAGUGGAAGAAAAGUAAUAGGUAACUAGAGGAGAGAUUAAGGCCUUCUCUAAAAGAAGGAUCAACAUCAAAACAUUAAAUGACUUAUUCAGUGAAACAUCACAAUACAUUUUUGAAAUAGUCCAAAUGUAGUACAAGUUGAUUUCAGUUAUCAACUCAAAAGCUAAUUUGAUCUAAGACUUGUUAGCCGUCUCAUAUGGGUAUAUGUGGCUCCACCAGUGAGAAAGGAGUUUGCAGCCAGAUUGUGUUCGACAGAUCAUACUGACAAGAGAGGCUGUCUAGACAGUUUACACCGGAUGGAAGCCUUGCAAAACAGAUGCACAGUGAGAUGACUUCAUUAAAACAUUUUUAACAAAAAGCAAUCCAUUCUUAUUUGAUGCACUGCAAGACCAGAUCAAUGGAAAUUAUAUAAAAGCCUUGUGCAGAUGUGCAGAGGUGCUCCAAAGAGGCCACUGCAUGGCAAUUUAGGAUUGAUAGAUCAUGACCUACAUCCUAAAAAACACCUUGUGUUUUUUUAUUUAUAUUAUGUGUGUUUGACAACCUGGGAGGUUUUUGUUACUUUUGUAAUAAUUUGAAAUGCAUUCAUUAAAGAAAAAAAGGGAGGUGAAAGUCAGUCAGAUAAACAGUUAUCCGCAUGCAAUUACACCAAUGUAUGAGUAUGCACAGGAAAGACAGAGGGAAGACUAAAUCAACCUCAAAAACUGCUACUAAUCAUAACGUAUGCACCCAAAGAAAACAGAAGCAAAGCUUGCGCACCCAUCUGAAUCCUAACAUGGCAAAUGGGAUACCCUGUGGUGUUGUGGACAAAGACUAUGAUGCUGCAAGUGACAUCAAGUGCACCAUUUGUGAUAGGGCCUGAGCAAAUGUUGCACAUUUUGCUUUGAAUACUGAUAAUCGUACAGGAAGUUGCAUCUUUUUUGGCAAAGGCUGGUCAGGUGAGCCGGACUGAUACUCACCAGCUCCAUUAAACCCCAAUCCAAGUGACUCCCAAUGGGGUUGUGGAGUACGAUCGGGCUGUUUGCACAUUCCCUCUGCAUGGUGACCCCAAUCUCUCUGACCCCAAUGGAUCACAUCAACCCACACUGUCUACUGUGUAUCUUUAUACUCGACCUAUACUAUCCUUUGCAUUCUCUAACCAUAAUCGUAUGUGAUGUCAUCAUAUAGCUGAACCAUAUAAAAAAAAAACAACCCACUGUAUAAUGGUGCUAUUUUGUAGUUUGUUAUUUGCAGGGGUUGGCAGAAAACAGAGAUGGCUUAAUGUUGGAGGUCUUCCCUUUUGCACAGCCUUGUGGCCACUAUUGUAAUAAUAUUCUCUUUUUAUUUUAAAGCUAUUUCAAAAAAUGUAACAAAGUAAGCGAGCAAAAAUAUUUUUGUGAGAUCUGUGAAAGCAUGGAAAAUAGCAAGAAAGAAUUAUAUUGCGGACCCGUGCUGGUUAAUUGCUUAAUUUUUUUUUUUUACGUUUUUUUUUUAUUAUUCUCACUUUGAAUCAAUAAUCAACCCUAUGCCAAAUGACUUGCCAGAAAGUACUGUGAACCGCAAUUCUCCAACAUUAUCAAUAUUUUGACUAUCACAAAGUAGUUUUUCAUGCGCUACUUUCACUUAGUUAGACAUUUUGGCACUGAUUCUACAACAUAUGAUGGAUUUGUAACUACCAAGGAAAUGGUGCAAAACAGCCCUUAAUGCAAUACAGAGAAGAGAACAACACUCUCCCUCCCUUUGAGUAAUGACACAGUUACAAGAUAGUUCAACCAGCUGUUUACAGUAGAGUAAUUUGGCCAAAGGUGAUGCCUGGCUCACACAGUACGAGUCUAUUCAGGGCCGUUGUUUUUCUUUUCACCUGCCUAUGUUUAUACUCAUCGAUAUGUCUAGAGAGGUUUAUUAGGAACAUUACACCAAAAUUAAGUCAAUUACACCACCAGUGCGAUGAAAAAGGUUAUUUAAGUUUAAAAUAGCGGCACAUUAACCACAAAAAGAGAAAUCAUUAAUCAACCGGAUGAAACAGAUGGAAAAUUUAGUUUUAAAAAGGCAACUCCCUUUUUUUUAUCUCAUCAGAAAUGUGGGGUUUAGUGUGUUUUUAUGCUUGAACUGGAUAGUAAGUAUGCAUAUUAUCUUUUCAAUUAGCAUUAGAAACACAAGAAAAAAUAUAGAAUGAUAUUUAAUAGGCUCAGUCCACCCAGAAACUUUAUAUCAUGUGCAUGUUUAAAAGAAGAUUUUUUAGAGCAAUAUAUGAGGUACUCACGUAAUACCAAAGAUUUGAAAUAUCUGGUGAAAGGUGUGUUACAUUCAUAUAGGUUUGUGGUCGAUAUCUGGGCAGCACUACCGGUACUUGUUGAAUCUUCAAUUAGAAUGACAUAUUACGAAGCAUAUUGUUAAAGGAAUCACAAUUUUUUUAAAUCUGAAUCUAGGACUGAGAUUUAAGAGAUUCUAAAAUGAGGUUCAGACAGGGGUGGGUAAUGUAUGAUAUCACUGUUGUGGCUUUUUAUAGUUAAUUUUACUUGCCUUUGUUAGUUUUUAUCUGAACAUGUCACUACCAAGACAGAAAUAGAAUGGAAUGGUAAAUAAUGAAACAUUCCGGGCAUUGAUCACUUGCACUGAUCGUUUCAUUAUGCAUUUGUUGAUUGUGAGGAUUUCAUUACUGGUGCUCAAUUGCUUUCUGUAAAAAAUAUGAAAAUACUGACAGAUUGUUCACCAUUCCUGCUGAA